GGUGAGUCUGCUCCGACGUGACAAGGUUCAAAUUGAGGGGCAUGAUUCAGAGUUACCGACCACCGACGACUUCACAAGUCAACUCGAUCUUGAGAGCUAGCUCGAUCCACAAGCAGCACUCUCUACAUAGUUCGAACGCAUAUGUACUACUAGCGCACACUACCAUCUCGAGAUGUCGUAGACAGUAUAUCCACGCUCAAAAGACUUUGGCCACAAAGCUCUAGCAAGGACCGACCUCAAGUGGGCACACACAGUAACACUUAGUCCGAUGGAUAAGAUGCACACGAUGUACCCGCCAAGUGGAGCAUGGUCGAGAAGAAGCAAGGAAGCAAGCAAGCAAGCCAAAAAAAAUCUCUAUUCCCCUCCUCCCCGGACUUGAUGAAGUUGGAGGAGCUGUCGUCUCCAUUAUCGCUCUCAUUCUCUCUGUGCUCCGGAGUCACCAGAACCUGUCUUGAGAGCAGCGAAGUACGGAGGCGCCUGAGGAUGGGGUCGGGUUUCAUCGCCAUUUGACCCCCUUGGAGUGGCGCUCGGCUCUUGAUUGGUCGCGCUCUCGGAGCGGCGAAAUCUCGAGCGCGGGAAAAGCCAGACAGGCGAGAACGCGCCGCCGCGAUCCAAACGCGCACUGACACUCACUCACACUCACUCAGUCACUCACUCACUCCACUGACGACAUCGGCAAUGAUGAUCAUGGCGCUCAAGAGGAUAUUGAGCUGUCUAAAAGAGGAUCAUUUAGUUCUCAUAUGACUGUCACCACAUCAUGAUCAGCAUGAGUGAGGAAAAUUGCAAGAUAGAAACGGUUCAUCCGCAAAGUCCAUCCGAUUUGAAAAUGGUGGAAGAGUCGUCAAGUCGGGUGGGGAGUCCGGAAAUCAGAGUCACGGAUUCCCCACCUCCGCCAGAAUCUCCUAAGUCCUCUGUUCAUCCAGAGGAUGAUACAAAUAGUGCUCCUCCUUCUCCGGCAUCGUCUUCUUCCAGACAUACGCCCAAUACAUCCAUGUCACAGAUAUCGCCCGUGGGAUCGCCAACUAUUCCACAACCACCCAUGUUGUUCCAACCAUUCCUGCCCCAGAGCCACAAUCCUCACCAGCAGCAUCAGCAUCAUCAGCAUCACCCGCAAAUGCCAGUUCUUCCAUUCAGUAUCGACAACAUACUGAAGCCUAGUUUUGGACAAAGGCUCUUUCUCCACAGUGUUGCCGCUCGCAUGGCCGCCGCCCAUCAUCAACACCGCCAAAUACAACAGCAACAACAAAAACUGCUCCAUGAGGAGUUCAAAAUCAAGCAAGAAGUGCCACCAAUGCUCAGUCCAAGUGGGAGUGAGGAUUCAAAUCAUCUUGUUAGUGGCAUUGGCAAUUCGAGACACCAUAGCUUCCACAGUAGCAAUAAUCACCACAACAGUACUAGCAGUAACAACAAUCACAUCAACAACAACAACAACAACGAUAAUAAUAAUAAGAACGUCAUCAAGAACACGAGUGUCCCCAGUCAACCCGUUGAUCUCAGCAGCCCAAAAUCAUUAAGUGACUCGAAAAGUCCAGAUCUCAAAAAGGACGAUGAUGUUCCCCCGGGAAUGGUGCGAGGUCCCAAUGGCCAGCUUUGGCCGGCUUGGGUGUUUUGUACCCGAUAUUCCGAUCGACCUUCUAGCGGUCCUCGGAUCCGUAAGGUCAAGAAAGCCGAGAAAACACCCGCCACCCCCUACGACCGUUCCAAAGACAAGCGACCUCGCACCGCCUUCAGCUCCGAGCAAUUGAACCGCCUCAAACGCGAAUUCGAGGACAAUCGCUAUCUGACGGAGGAACGCCGGAAGAAUCUCUCGCAAGAGCUCGGUCUGAACGAGAAUCAGAUCAAGAUCUGGUUUCAGAACAAGCGCGCCAAGAUCAAGAAAAGCACCGGACAGAAAGGCGAGUUGGCACAAAUGUUGUCUUCUCAUCAUAUCUGUCUCUUAAUGACUCGAGAAUGA